AUGGAGGAGCGAGUGAAGCUUUUGGCCAUAAUUGGAGCUGGAGCUCUGUUGGGUUCUGCUUCUACGAUCGCUCUUCUCAAGUGUCUGUCCAGAAAAGGAGCAGACCAGUCUAUUAGAAAGGCAAUAGAAUCAAAUGGUAAUGGGUUUAUAUCCAAGACACCUACUAGGGGCCAUAAUUUUCGUGGGGACAAGAAUCAUGUGACAGCUAGUCCAGACCUGUUAAAUGAUGAAAUAGUUUCUGAACAACUAACCAGGAAUAUUCAGUUCUUUGGCCUUGAGGCUCAACAGAAAGUGACUGCAUCAUAUGUUGUAGUCAUUGGUCUUGGAGGGGUUGGAAGUCAUGCUGCAUCUAUGCUUUUAAGGUCAGGGGUUGGCAGGCUUCUUCUUGUGGAUUUUGAUCAGGUGUCACUUUCAUCGUUGAAUCGACAUGCUGUUGCAACCAGAGAGGAUGUUGGAACCCCUAAGGCCCUGUGCCUUAAGAAGCACUUUGCAGCAAUUUUCCCAGAGUCCUGUGUAGAGGCCAAAGUUCUACUAUAUGAUUCUUCCUCAGAAGAAGAAAUUCUUUCUGGCCACCCUGAUUUUGUAUUAGAUUGCAUCGAUAACAUCGACACAAAGGUGGCACUUCUUGCUGCAUGUGUGCGUAAGGGUUUGAAAGUUUUGUCUGCGACAGGAGCUGGCGCAAGAGCUGAUCCAACCAGAAUCCGUGUGGCUGAUUUAAGAGAGUCAACAAAUGACCCACUAUCUCGAGCGGUGAGACACCGUUUGAGGAAAGAUUAUGGUAUUGAAGGUGGCAUUCCUGUGGUUUUUUCUUUAGAGAAACCUAAGGCAAAGCUGCUUCCAUUUCAGGGACCAAGUGGAGAAGAAGAAAAUCCUUCUGAUUAUCAAAUAGUGCCGGGUUUUAGGGUUCGAAUCAUUCCUGUUCUAGGAACCAUACCUGCAAUUUUUGGACAGGUUAUGGCUUCCUAUGUCGUGACACAACUGGCCGGAUUGCAAGUUCAAACAGAGCCGGUGGUAAACUUUGAUACGGAUCAUUAUCGUAUACUCCAUCAGCGCCUUGUUGAGCAUGAGGAGUUACUGUAUGGCACAUCCAUGCAAGUUCAGGUAGACGUUGAAGAAGUUAUGUACAUUGCAAAAGAGUUGUGGCGUGGACGAAGUGCUAGAGAUCAAUCUACAAAAGAGGUGGGGCGUGGAAUGUGGCGUUCUUUCAAUGAGUUAAUGUUUGUGAGAUGGGAUCGGGCAAAGCCGGCAUCCGUGUCAAAUCUAAUUCUUCUAAGAUUUAAAGAGGCGGAUGAGCAUGAGUUGAGGACCCUUGAUGAUAUCAAGGAGACAGAACCAGAAUUUUUCAUAAGGGUUAUGUCUGUGCUAAAGCGGGCUGAAUUAGACUUCGGUUUGUAGCUGUCAUGACUAUUCAUGUCAGAGACAUACCCUCCUCCAUUGGUCUGUCAUGGCUAUUCCCUUUCAGAGACAUUCACGAGUGUAAACAUCAAUUGCUCAAACAGCUCCUGCAUUGAGUGAAAGCCGGUGCAAGCCUGCUUCUGGUUUCAUAAUGUGCAGACGCUUGAUGGUUAGGCAUACUCCACUUUGGUGAACAGGUUAUGAUUGUGAACAGAAGCAGAAUGCAUGGUUACAGAUUAGAGCUUACAUGCUGUAUCUUUUGGAAUGUUGAAACAAUGUUACUUGGAUCGUGGAUCGAUUCGGUACGUGGUACGGUACUUCUUUCUAUAUCGGUGGGAAUAGGCUUAGUUGGUACACUGUUUUGAGUCAUAGUUUCAUUUUGUAACUUUUAUAUAGAAUAAUAUAUCCGUAUACACAGUUAAUAAAUAUUUAUUUUAUAUUUAUGAUAAAUGUUGUUAAAAUAUGAGUUUAAAGAAUACCAAAAAAAGAAAUAACAAGUUAG